AUGCAAUUCACCGACGAACAAGCCGAGGGCGUGAAGAACUGGGUGGUGAAGAAAUUAGAGGACAUCUCUGAUGCGGACUCCGAUGUACUUGCGGAUUAUGUCCUAGCGCUCAUCAGAUCCGAUGCGCCGGAUGAAGAGAUCAGAAAGGUUUCAGUUGAGAACUUGGAGGACUUCCUGCGCGAGCACACAACUUCGUUCGUUGAUGAGCUCUUCGCCACAUUCGAUCCCAAAAAAUCCGCUGCGCCGCCAGCGGCCCUUCCUCAGAGCCAGGCUCAAUUCCCGAGCGAUCUCCCGCACUCUUUCCCCCCCCUCUCAGCCGCAGCACCCGAUCAAUGCGCCAACCGGCCCGAGGGGGGAGACCAAGAACUUCAAGAGGGCAUGCUCCAGAACCGCGCUUUCAAAACCCCACGGCGUGGAGGAAGAGGUGGGGGCCGCGGAGACUGGAUGGGCCGGGAUGGCCGACAGGGACAGCAAUUUGCGCAGCCACCGCCCGGCGGAUUCCCUAUGAUGCCUGGUUUCCCGCCGUUUGAUCAGAACGAUCCCAUGGCGGCGAUGAUGGCUAUGCAGAGUAUGGGAUUCCCGCAAAUGCCGGGAAUGCCGCCUAUGCCUGGCAUGCCUGGUGGACCGCAGCCCGGCGAGCAGAUCAAUCAACGCUGCCCGUUCUAUGAUACCCAGGGUAUUUGUUACUUGGGUGCCGCAUGUCCGUAUCAGCAUGGAGAUGGUGGAAACGAGGAAGAAUAUGACCCAAAGAACUUCGGCCGUAUGGCCGACUCCAAGGGUCCGGGACGUGGUGGCGAACGUGGACGUGGCCGUGGCCGUGGAGGGCCGAGUGGGCGUGGACGAGGCGGCCGGUCUGAUUUCUCGUCGGCUGGACCGAACGAGGACCGAACAAUCAAAACGAUUGUGGUUGAGCAGAUCCCUGAUGAUAAGUUCUCUGAGGAGGCCGUGCGGGAGUUUUUCUCUCAGUUUGGCAACAUCACCGAGGUCUCGUUGCAGCCUUACAAAAAGCUGGCUUUGGUCCACUAUGACACGUAUCCCGAGGCCAAGGCGGCUUGGUCCAGCCCUAAGGUCAUUUUUGACAACCGCUUCGUCAAGGUCUACUGGCACAAGCCUAGCCGGAAGGACGAAAAGCACGGAGAAGCCGGGCCAGACGCCCCGGCGUUCAACCAGGAAGAAUUCGAGAAGCAGCAAGAAGAAGCCCAAAAGGCACACGAAGAAAGGACAAAGAAACGCCAAGAGACCGAAGAAGCCAAGCAGGCUCUAGAGCGGCAGCGCGAUGAGCUCUUGAAAAAGCAACAGGAAGAAAAAGCCCGCCUGCUGGAACGACUCGGCGGAGCUGCAGAGCCGAGCAAUGGCACUGGUGCCGCGGAGGGUUCGCCUGUCGAAACAGCCGCCGAUGAGAAUGCUAGUGAUCAGACCAAGCAAUUGCGUGCACAGCUGGCGGCUCUUGAGGCCGAGGCAAAGAGCCUUGGAUUGGAUCCCUCAAAUGCUGACGCCGCUGGCGGUCGGGGUGGCUACCGCGGUAGGGGCCGUGGCCGAGGUGGAUAUCGUGGACGCGGCGGCUAUGACCCUUCGUACCGCGGAGGAUAUCGUGGACGUGGUGGAUAUGCGCCGCGCGGCAGAGGCGGCGUUCUUCGUUUGGAUAACCGGCCCCGUCGGGUCUCUGUGACGGGCGUCGAGUUGAACUCGGACAAGGACGAAGCGCUGAGACAAUAUCUGAUCGGCAUCGGUGAAUAUGAAUCCAUCACGCCUAACCCGGGCCAUUCCGACUCGGUCAUCGUCACUUUCAAGGAACGCUACCAGGCCGAGAAGUUCAUGUUCAGUCCCUGGAAGAUCCCUUCGGUGGGCGAGGUCCAACUGGAAUGGGUGGCUAACCCGCCUAUCGCGGUUUCGACAUCGACCCCCGCGGACGAGAGCAAGACAGGCCCUGGGCUGGUCGAGGAUGAUCAAGACACUGUCAUGCAAUCCGAGCCCGCGGUCAAUGAAAUGCCCGCUGGCAAAGAAGGAGUCCCUGAUAUGGAUUAUGACGUUGCGGAGGAGGAUAGCUGGGGCGUGGAAUGA